UGCUCACAUGGGACAUCCUUCUAGAGGGUGCCACUGCCAUCGUCCACCGCAUUGUCAACCUACGUUGCUGCCUCGCAAACCAUAUUACGAGCCCGUUGCGUUGACAGAUAAUACCCAACCUUUUACCCAUCAGCUCAGUGGCUCCGUGGCUAUUUAGCUCCAUUCCCUCUACUGAUCCUGUAACUCUGUUUUGUCCGACAUGUCUACACCCACUGCCAAGCCGCCCGCAGCGUCAGUAGAAACAGCACCCGAGUCUCCUACCACAGCAAGACCCCUCGAGAUGGACGACGACGACGUGCAAGAAUCAGGUGUGCUGGGCAGCGAUGAUGCCACCGCUCGCUCGGCUGCUACAGCCCCAGCUGCACCCGCAGCCCCCCAAGCCCCGGCGUCUAGCGACGUCCCGCCGCCAAAGCCGCCGCGGCCCGUGCCCGAAGCCCAGCAGAACCAGCAGAUACUCAAGGAGGCCUUUCCGUCCAUCGAGCUCGCCGUCAUCAAGGCCGUGCUGACGGCCAGCGGCGGGCGUAUCGAGCCCGCAUUCAAUGCGCUCCUCGAGAUGACGGACCCCGAAGCUGCUGCCCAGCACGAGCUGCCGCCGCCGCCGCCACCGCCGCGACCUGCAGCGGUCCCCGCUGGCCCCACUUCGACGGCGCAGUCACAGCUCGAGGCCGACGAGCUGUACGCCCGCCAGCUCGCCGAGCACUACGAAAACGUGGGCGCCUAUGAGGCGAGAACCGCGAACAACCGCCCCGCGGGAGCGCCUCGAAGCCGGCAGCAGACGGCCCCCCUGAGGCAGAGCGACGAGGCCUCGGAGCGGGAGCACAACUUCUUCGACGACGAGCUGCCCGUUAUCAAGGAGGGCCUGCGCAAGGGCUUUGUUGAGACGCAGGCCAAAGUCAACACGUGGUUCACCACUCUGAAGAAGAAGAUAGACGAGCAGUUUGACGAGCAGGAUGAGCAGCCAGCGCAAGGCGGCAGCUCCUUCAUGGGCAGGCCGAGCCGCGACCAGAGCCGGCGGAGCGCCGACUACGACCGCUACGACGCGGACCCGGAGCUCCUCAGCGACGACUUUGCGGGCAUGAAGUUUAACAAUGACGGAACCCCCGUGCAAAGCAACCGGCCACUAGGAAACCCCAACCUGUUCAAGCCACCGCCGGCGUCCAAGUCGCCCAAGCCGGACGGACGGCGGGUGGCGUUCCGCGAGACAGUCGAGGACAUUGACGCCUAUAACGCGUCGCCCAAGCUGCCUCCUAAGGACACUGUGUCGCCGGGCCGAGCUAGCAAGUGGCAGCCGCUGUCCACGGUGGAGCCUAGCCCGAUUGCGGAGAACGACCCGUUCAGCCUCGGCGACAGCGAGGACGAGAAGGAGGUCAAGGACAAGACGACGGGGAGCAAGGAGGCCAAGGCCGAGGACAGCGACGCCGACCGGCUGAGGAAGGCCACGGCGGAUGCCAUGGCCGACAGCCUGGUCGACGACAAGCCAAAGGCGGACAAGGGGAAUUGAGAGGGAGCUGUGAUGCAAGGCGGGGACUGCCCUGAGUCUGGAACUGGGUCUGGAAGCUUGUUUUCUCACCGGGCCCCUCCCCUAUUUAGUCGAGUCGUAUCUCUCAUGUAAUUACCCCCCUCACCAGGGAGCUGUCACCAGGGCCGCCCUGUUCCCGAGGGAGGCCGGCCGGAACGAAGAUGAUUCUAGUACUAUAGUACAGUAUGUAGCACGAGAGUGCAGAUAUACGUACAAUGACCCGGUUGCCUACA